AUGUCUGCUAAACCGCCAGUUCCUAAGCCAAGGACCCGUUUUAAUAUGGGCUUGGUUUCCGAAGGAUCUCCGAGUCGAUCCGCUUCUCAUUCGACAGCAUCUUCGACCGAUAGCACUGCCGUCGUCGACAAGAACGGAAAUUCUGAAGCUCACAUCAACAAUAUUUACCCCGUUAUCGAAAAUGCACCACCUCCGGAACCUCCUCUUGUUGCCCCGCAGUCAACUCCUCUUAACCAUCGUACUGCCCCUCCGCCACCUCGACCACCACCACCGAUGCUUCCACCGCCACCUCCGCCACCACCACCACCGCCGGGGUGGAAGGUUCCUCCUCCUAUUCCUCCCCUUCCACCAAUUUUUCUUCCAUCACCUCCACCUCCUGACACACGUAGUCAGAAUAGUUCUUCAUCGGUGUCCACUCCUUCGCCUCCCGUACCUCCUCGUCCGAAAAAAUGGGAAACAGCUAAAACUGUCGUGCAUUCUCACGGUGACGAUGGGUUGUACGAUAUAAUGCCGAGUGAGAAAGUACCGAAUCAAUCGCAUCUUACUGCUGAAAGAAUUGAUUUUAUCGAAAAUCCUAUCUACAUGUCGCUCUUUUCCACGAAGAAACUUUCACUCCCUAACGGUGACGGAAAUUCUGAACAAAACGGUGCGAUAAAGCAGGAUCUACCAGCACCUGUUAAAGAACUGCCGCCAUCGCCAGUGGAGAAAGAAUAUCCGUUGCGAGUCAAUGACACCAGCAGAACCGACGUGAGCGAGGGUGUAAAAAGUCAACAGUCUGCUUCAGAAGUUUCCUGCUCAUCAGAUGUUCCGCGAGGUAGAUUCGACGCAACUGUUCCUAUUCCUCGUCCUCCUAUUUCAUCAUUGAACGACUCCUACGAGGACAGGUACACGCCUACCCCCAGAAGAAGUGUUGCACCAAGUGUGGAUAGUUUUGCGGCGAAUUCGAUACCAUUUGAUCAAUUUGAGAAGGUAGUGGAGAUAGCUGAGAUUCCGGAGAAUAUAAGCGAUACGGUUGAGCUGGUGAAUGCCGAGAUCUCUUCUGGAGAUCAUGCUAAUGGAUCAACUGUUGCUUACUUUGGCGACGUUUCUCUCCACAUUGGCAAGAAAGAGCGGAAGAAGGCCCAUUGUCGUCUAAGAAAUAUGGAACUCAGUUUCCACGAAGAUGACACGACAGAGGAUUGUAUUGCUGGCCCAUUUUCUCUUCUCGGUUGCGAACUCAUCUGCAGAGAAGAACAAACAAUCACUAUCAGACUUAAUGAAAGGGAAACGACAAAAGUGGUCACUUUCAGCGCCGAAAAGGACUCCGAAACUUGGAUUCUGCUUCUAGGAGAGUGUUGGUUGUCCGAAUACGAUUUACUGCGCUCAAGUGUGCAACAGGUACACGCAUGUGGAACUUUUUGGUUACGUCAAGGAACCACUAGUGAUUGGAUGUAUACAGCGGCAGCUCUUCACGGUAGAACAAUGUUUUAUGUGCUUCUCGACUCUCCAGAUUAUAUUUAUGAGUUGGACGUGAGGAAAGUGUUAUUGCUUCGCGAACGCCUUGAUAAAAAUGAUUGGUGUCCGAAAUGUAAGCGAAAGGAUCAAAAAGGCCCUUUUCUAAUAUCAUUGGAAGGAUGUGCUCUGUACGUGGAGUGUUGCGAUGAUCUAUGCACAGGGAAAUGGUACUCCACCAUACAGGAUUCUCUAUCCAUGUCGCCUCUUGUUGUUGAAGAUUUUCGCCUUACUGCUGAUAAUAUUCCAAUUAUUGUUGACAAAUGUCUCCGUUUCGUUGCCGCCUAUGGAAUUCGAUCUGAAGGUAUUUACAGAAGAAAUGGGAAGAUAUCCGAAGCUAAGGACAUUUAUAAAAGACUUACAGAAGAUCCUGUCCGAACACAUAUAGCGUCUACAUCUGAAGAAACCGCUUAUGCUGUUGCUGACGUUUUGCGACAAUUUUUCCGACGCCUGAAAUCUCCUCUUGUUCCAGUUUCCAUUCAUAAAGAGAUCUACAAGCUUGUAGAUGCACGAAAUACCUGUGAUAAUGCGAUUAGAUACGCGGAGUAUCGUCGUGUUCUCCAGCAAAUGCCUCUCAUUCAUUAUCAUACCUUGAGGAAGCUUAUGGCUCACUUAAGCGAGGUCGUUAAAUACUGCGAUGUGAACAAAGCGAGCGUGGAAAAUGUCGCAAAGGUGUUUGGUCCGUCACUGUUUCAUACAGAUGAUGAACUUAAAGCUUGUUUUGAUGAUACUACACAACAAAUUGGAGCUGUUAUUGAUCUCAUUAAUGGUUAUGAUGUUAUAUUUGAGGUGACCAGCAGAGAAGAGAUUUGCCGAGCAAUGGUUGAACAAGCACAACUGCACAAAGCUACAACAUCGAAUGCAGUUCGCGCUGAUGGCUUACUCGUACCGAUCCAUGUUUGGGAAAGAGAAAAUCGGCCGUUUAAUGUAAAAAUUGAUUUGGCUGCUGAAGAAGUAUGUAGAGAAGCUGUUGCAAGGCGAGGUUUUGAUGCUCCUCAAGAUGGCAAUUAUGCGAUAUUCGAGGUGAUCAUGGAUGGUGCACUGUCACGUAGACUUACUCCAUUUGAAAAGCUGUCCAGGACCGUAAUUGAUCACUGGUUGACGUGGCAAUGUACGGACGGAUAUCUGCUCUUUGAUCACGAUAAUUGGCCGUAUAACGACUCAGAAUUGGAUUUCUUCUCUGGAAAAGUAAAAAUUGCUGAGCCCGGCUCGAAAACUUUCCAUUCUUAUGAAAUGAAAGUAGAGGAAGGCGUUAAAAUAGCCGCCUAUAAGCAUGAUAAGCUUUGGAAGGAGUGGAAAGUGUCGGACUCGAUCUUCUAUUCUGGAUGUUGUGCUAAUCGGAAGGCACCAAAUCCUUACAAUGUGACUGUGUUUGAGAAGAAAGGAGUCUGUAUGACGGACAAGUUUCUUGGAUAUUGCAUCUCGUUCAGACUUAUGCCGGAGAGAACUCGCUUUCUGAAUGUAAUUCAAUUUAUUGAGACCGGAGGACAACCUCCUCCACUUGUGCAUUUGUAA